CCCCCUCCCCCAGCCACACACGCGGCCACGCGCGCGCAAACACACACAUUCACACUCACACGCGCUGACACGCCGGCGAGCGGCCGGCCGCUCCGUGCACCGCGUUCCCCGCGUUCCCCGAGCCCGGCGCGGCCCGGGAUGAGAAACUGCAAAAUGGCCCGGGUCGCCAGUGUGCUGGGGCUGGUCAUGCUCAGCGUCGCCCUGCUGAUCCUCUCGCUCAUCAGCUACGUGUCCCUGAAAAAGGAGAACAUCUUCACCACUCCCAAGUACGCCAGCCCGGGGGCGCCCCGAAUGUACAUGUUCCACGCGGGAUUCAAGUCCCAGUUUGCCUUGAAGUUUCUAGACCCGUCAUUUGUACCCAUUUCGAAUUCUCUGAGCCACGAACGCCAGGAGAAACCUAAGUGGACCUUUAAUCGGACCGCGUUUUUACAUCAAAGGCAAGAAAUUCUUCGGCAUGUCGAUAUCAUAAAAAAUUUUUCUUUGACCAAGAGUAGUGUUCGGGUUGGACAACUGAUGCACUAUGAUUAUUCCAGCCAUAAAUAUGUUUUCUCUAUUAGCAAUAACUUCCGGUCACUGCUCCCAGAUGUAUCACCCAUUGUGAAUAAGCAUUACAAUAUCUGUGCUGUGGUUGGCAAUAGUGGGAUCCUCACAGGGAGCCGGUGUGGACAAGAAAUAGACAAGUCAGAUUUUGUUUUCCGUUGCAAUUUUGCCCCUACGGAGGCUUAUCAGAGAGAUGUUGGAAGGAAAACCAACCUUACCACCUUCAACCCCAGCAUCCUGGAAAAAUAUUACAACAAUCUUUUGACUAUUCAGGAUCGCAACAACUUUUUCCUCGGUUUAAAAAAGCUUGACGGGGCUAUUCUCUGGAUCCCUGCAUUUUUCUUCCACACUUCAGCAACUGUUACCAGGACAUUAGUUGACUUUUUUGUUGAACACAGAGGUCAGUUAAAGGUCCAGUUGGCUUGGCCUGGAAACAUAAUGCAACAUGUCAACAGGUACUGGAAAAACAAACAUUUGUCACCCAAACGACUGAGCACAGGUAUCCUUGUAUACACCCUUGCGUCAGCAAUAUGCGAAGAGAUCCACUUGUAUGGAUUUUGGCCUUUUGGAUUUGACCCCAACACAAAGGAAGAGCUUCCGUACCAUUACUAUGACAAGAAAGGAACCAAAUUCACCACCAAAUGGCAGGAGUCCCACCAGCUGCCGGUUGAGUUUCAGCUGCUGUACAGGAUGAAUGAGGAAGGGCUCGCCAAGCUGUCUCUGUCUCACUGUGCCUAAGAACUCCAACAGAAAGUGCCAAACGGCUGUCUAAAAAGUGCCCCAAAUCAAAUUGAGUCGUCUUCAGAUCAGAACCUUAGACAUUCUUAGAAGGACCGUCUGCCCUUUCCGAGGAGAGCGAUCUCCUCUCCCCCUUUUGUACUCACGACUCUUUUGCGGGUCUAAGCAGGACAGAAGCAUGGGAGCCACGCGGCUCACGCUGGAUGGAUACGCAGCGUGUUGCGUUUGGAGCCAUGCUGCUAGCGAAAUGGAAGUAUUUUCAUGUUUGUAUUUUAAUAAUAAACUGUCUCCCACUUUUUUAAAUGAGGACCAGAGCUGAGGUCUCUGCAUCUUUGUGCAGAGAUAGACCUCCUCCUCCUCCUCGGAGGCUUCUAGCCAAUUUGGGCAGGAUGUCAACUUCGCUUGGGUAAGAUCCGACUCUUCACAAUGGAAAUGCACACACAAUCGGUUUGCAUCUUCCAGCUGUCUCACUCUUCCUCACUCCUGUCUAGCUUCAUCUCUUCUCUCGCCCCACCAUGAUGCGGUUGAGGAAUUGG